UGAUACACGAAAAAAAAACGUCCGACAUCACUGCCUGUUUGUUAUCUGUCAAGCGUCUCGCAAAGCCAAACAAAAACGAACGGGCGUCCCGGUAAACACACAAAUCAACGUUCGCCAGAGCCAAUUUAGCAGAACACAAGGAGCCAUGGGACGCCGGAAGUCGAAAAGAAAGCCUCCGCCGCGGCGCAAGAACAUCGAACCGCUGGAUCAACAGUUCAACUGCCCCUUCUGCAAUCACGAAAAAUCCUGCGAGGUGAAAAUGGACAAAAGUCGGAACUCGGCCCGGAUUACGUGCCGGGUCUGUAUGGAGGACUACCAAACCUCGAUCAACUUCCUGUCCGAGCCGGUCGACGUGUACAAUGAUUGGGUGGACGCCUGUGAGAGCGCAAACUAACCGCCGGAAAGAUUAGGACGAGCAAUAAUUGCUGAGCAUCGGAAGUAUCUUAAGUAGAUGUAAUUUAUAAGACAACCGCGAGCGUAGUUUCGACUCUGGAAAUUUGCUUGCACAUUCAUUCUUUAAUUUAAGUGAGGACUUUUCUAAAUAAAUGUGUUCUAUUUGUAUUAGAAAUACAGUUAUAUUUAGAAAUCGAA